UGAACAAAAAUGCUGAUUGGACGUUUAACCCACACGAAGUAUUAAAUAGCGCAGAUUUCUCUGUCAAUCGAGUAACGGACUGGAGUCCGAACCAUUGUUUUCAAGAGGAGUUCUUUUGUCGUGCAGUCGCUGACGGCCGCUGCACUUCCUGAAGAAGCUGGGGGGUUUAGCUUCUACCUGAGAUGUGGCUCUCCGUGGGGACCCGCCUCUGCCAAUCACAGGUAAGAGGACCAGUGACGUCACGACCUCAGGACAACAGCGGAGGUGGUUUUACCUGCGUCCGAGGCGGGGAGAGGAACAUCUUCUCUUCGACGGACCAGCCCCCUCAUUUAACGUGGUCCCGGCAUCAGAGAAACAAAAGUUGUAGUUCUUUGGUACCCGUGAAGGAUGGAAAGUGUCUCGGAGUGAUCGACGCGGAAAGUUUCAGUCACAACAUUGAUGUCUGACGAACGUAUUUAUCCGCUUUGUCGCCUUCAAUUGUCUCCCAAAGUCGCGAACGCCUGGCUCGUGUAGAAACGUGUGAAUUUCAGCUUCUCGGGAUAAAUCACACGGCGUCAGACCGAAACUGAUUUGUCGGCGGGGAAAUAUUUCGUUGUAUUACAGCGAAUAUCAGAGGAGUAAGGCAUCGAUGUGACUCCGUACGCUUUCUGAAGACGUAUCUCACGUAACGGAGAACUAUCUCACUCACAGUCUCGCUCGCACAGCGCCGUUAUCUCGGUCAGACCGACACUUCGUCGUCAGUCACAGACGUUCCGUCGCACAUCGCGGGUUCGGAGUGGCUUUCAUUGUUGCGAGUGGGGUUAAACAAUGGAAGGACGAAGUAGGGGAAACUAACUCGUGCUUUGAUCGGUUUCGACGACAGUGACGGAAGUCGGCGUCUUGUGUUUCUUCGCGAUCGGCGUAGUGUGUUACCGUCGGCACAAAACCGAGGCGAAGGAUUUGCGUGUGUCGCCAUGGGAUGUACAAGACGACAAUGUGCAACGUCAUGAAACUAACAAAAGCUCCAGGGUGCUGCAUCCAGGCAACGGCGUAGAACGGACAAAGGAGUGACGAAGUGGCGAUGUAAAGACGGGGACCGUGUCAGGCGAUGAGGACGAGGGUGUUUGUGUGGAUCGCGGUCGUGUUCUUGGCCACGAUGCGCGUGGCGUCGGGGUGUGGGCCAGGCAGAGGGGCGGGCCGACGCCGUGGGCCCCGCAAACUGACCCCGCUCGUCUUCAAACAGCACGUGCCCAACGUGUCGGAGAACACGCUGCCGGCGAGCGGACUCACCGAGGGACGGAUUACUCGCGAGGACCCGCGCUUCAGGGACCUCGUGCCCAACUACAACACGGACAUCGUAUUCAGGGACGAAGAGGGCACCGGAGCGGACCGCCUCAUGACACAGAGAUGCAAAGAGAAAUUGAACACGCUGGCAAUCUCGGUGAUGAACCAGUGGCCCGGCGUUAAGCUUAGGGUCACGGAGGGGUGGGACGAGGAGGACACCCACUCGUCCGACUCCCUUCACUACGAGGGACGAGCUGUGGACGUCACGACGUCCGACAGAGACCGCUCCAAGUACGGCAUGUUGGCACGCCUGGCGGUGGAGGCGGGAUUCGACUGGGUGUACUACGAGUCCAGAGCCCACAUCCACUGUUCUGUGAAGUCAGAAUCUUCGCAGGCUGCCAAGACGGGUGGCUGCUUCACGGCAGAAACUACGGUGCAGACAUCUCGUGGCACUCUCUUGAGACUAGAGGAGCUGAGGGUUGGCGAACGCAUCCUUGCGCUCGACACGACGACAGGCAGCUUCAAGUACAGCGAGGUGAUUCUGUUCCUGGACCGCGACCCCGAGCAGCGACGCGAGUUCCUGCGUCUGCGCACUGCAUCGGGGCGAACUCUAACGGUCACACCCUCGCACCUGCUUAUGGUGGCUAGCAAUACUAGUGACACCUACCGAGUACAGGCGGUAUUUGCUGACCGAGUAAAAGUCGGGGAUCGAGUCUUGAUUCACAAUCGACUGCAACCUGAAAUCGAUACUGUGAUAUCGACAGAGGCGAUACUGAAACGAGGUGUGUACGCGCCGCUUACGAGAGAAGGGACGGUUGUUGUAGACGGCAUUGUGGCAUCGUGUUAUGCCGUAGUGGACAGCCAGUCGAUUGCACAUUGGUCCUAUGCGCCCUUCAGACUUUACAAGAGUUUUUUGAGUCUGAUUAGCAAAAACGUGUCGUCAGCGAGGUCCGUCAGUCAGGCACCAAUAGGCGUGCAUUGGUAUGCCAACAUUCUGUACACAGUAGCUCAGUACAUCCUGCCAAACAGAAUGCUUCACAGCUUUAUAGUUUAACUACUGAGCAGGAAGACACGUCAUUCUCAAAUGUCUGUCACUAGCUAAUCUUCUUAACAGGACUACAUCUGUUAUUUUCCAUGUGGCUCAGUACUUCAGGUAUGUAGAACAUAUUUAGGCGUGGAACUGAUUGUCUGUUACAGAAUGCUUUCUUUCGUCAUAAUCACAUUCAUGAAGUUACUACAUGUAUGCCCUUAUGAGUUGGGAGCUCCACACUGUGUGUACAAGUGGGUUUGUUCUGCACACAUACAUACAGACAUUUGAGAUUUGGCAUACACUACUGAUGUGCCAAAAUAUCUGCUUCUAGUUGUCAUAGAAAUGCUGUUACUGUAAGUUGACAGACUGUGAUAAUAUUAUAAUCGUAUAUGCUGGUUCUCCAGGUGUCUGAAAGUUAAGAGGGAAAAAAAGGUUGGAUCUGAAGCUGUCAGGCAUGAAGACGUUCAUGUAAAUAAUGCGAGUGUAGAAUGUUUAUACACAGGCCUUAUACAAAGCAUGAUUGGUUAUGAAGGAGAACAGCUCUGAAUCAACCUGGGAAGUGCCAUGUUCUUUAUACACUUAAGUGAUGCCAACAUAUGGAAGCAAAUUUAUACGUUGUGAUUUAGUAACUUUUAUGUUUAACCGCAAUAUUCCAGGACAGUAUCCGGACAAAAUUAGUUACAGUGAAUAUGAGAAUGUAUGUUCUUUUCUUCUUUAAAGAAAGAUUAUUUCCCUGUAAUAAAGUGAAUAUUUUAGAAUGGAAAGAUGUCAUAAGUGAAGUAUAAACUGUAUUGAUAAAUAUGCAUACCAAUGAACUUACAACUAGGAUGCCAUAUAAUUUAUAAGAUCAACUUUGUGAUCAGUUCCUUCAACACAGUCCUGCACUCUUGCGUCAGUGACUACAACCAGAAAUUUGAUAAACAACAAUGUGCUGAGAGGGGUUGGACUGUAAGAAUCCCUCUGUCCUUCAGAUAACAAUGAGAGGAUAUCUCGGAAGUGGAUAGGGAAGUGUAUACAAAAUUAUGUAUAUAUAAUUUCUGCAAUAGGCUGCUACAUUUAUUACUCUUGUAAUUGUUGUAAAAAGAACAUGAAAUAAUUAUAGGACAACAAAACAUUGAGAUGUGUAGAAAAUUCUGAGUCUGUGACAGGCAUAAGCUAUAAUGAAAAUAUUUGUAUGUAAUAAUUUUAUAAUGAUGUAAAUAAUAACAUCCAAUCAAGAAACAA